AUGGCUCGCGGCAGGAGGAGCUCUUCGCGCGUCGUCCUCGUCCUGGGUGCUGGGGUGGCGGCCUAUGUCACCGCCAAAUCACUUCCUGGCUUCGCUUUCACCGGCCUUGGACGCGCUGCAAGCAUGGGCCUUCAGCAGACGACACGGUCAUCGGUGCCAGGAGUAGAACGCCCUUUGCAAGCUCUGCCCAGCCGGCCGGCCCUUCCAGUUGGCAUCGAGGAGGUGACUACGACCAGCUCUUUGCUGGAGAGCAUGGGGCCUUUGGCUGUUGCUGGUCAAGCUGUGGCCGGCCUUGCCGCACUGUACGUCAUCAUGUCCUUUUGCGAAUAUGUGUACCAUCGCUACUUCCAGCAUUUGGGACUGAACAAGGUCGACGCUGUUCGGGCAGUCCGAUCAACCCUCAACUUGUCCACUUUCCGCGGCGAUGGCCAUGUGGAGCAUCAUCGGGAGACAGUCGAGGAAGACAUGAGCCUUACUAUCGAGCCUGGACGCGACCCAAUCUUGGACAUGGACCCCUGGAGAGGUACCUGCUUCCCAUGGGAUGGUUUCGCGAAGAUGAGCGCUGGUGUCAUGCUCCUUGCAUACCCAACCCUGACCUUGCUGGGCUGGUCCGGCUUCGUCAUUGUCCCGGUGGUGAUGACCGCUAUGAUGCUGCACGCAUUGGUUUGGAACGCUCUUCACCCGAACAUGCAUGGCCUGGAAGAUGUCCCGAUGGAGGUUGGUGCGCCAAGCUGGGUCCUCGCCGGCUUGCGUGACUCCGCAGUGUUCAGCUACCUGCGCACGAAUCACGAAGGACACCACAGAGCCACUGGUUCCCACGGCAACUACAACGUUUGCUGCCCUGGAAUGGAUCAAAUCGUUGGCACUACCGUUGACUGUGUGACAGGCGCUCCGCUGCCCAAGCCUGUUCCAGAUUGGGUGACACUGCUUGUGGCCGUCGCCGCUGCUCCGCUUAUGCCUGCUUUUGCGGUCGUUUGCUUGGUGGUGCUGAUCUCUUUCCCUCCUCUUCCGCGAGCUGCCGAGUUGGGAGCCAAAUAA